AUGACUUCUGACCCCAUCACCUGGGUCGCAUAUAGAUCUGACAAAUCUGCCGUCGAAGGCGAAAUGACCCGGGAACAGUCUCGGCUGCUGUAUCGCUGGGUAAUUGACACGUACUCGCCCAAUUACAAGCCCGCCAAUAAUGAGCUCCUCAAUCCGCUACUCUACAUCAUGGAAAAAGAUGUGGAACUUCUUAUGGAAGCGGAUGCACUCCUCUCCUGGCAGGGUCUGCGGCAUGUUCCGCAGCUUUCAUCAAAUCUGAUCCUUUUGGUUUUGGAGACUGAGGUGCUCUUGCACCCACAAAUCUGUAAGUCAAGCUCCGCGCACGCUAAAGAACUUGAUUCACUCCACGAUCGCGCAUACAGGGCUAUCAUGAUGCGAACAAAGGCCAGAGAGAAGUCGAUAUUUGAUGCACCUCACGAAGGGUCCCCAACCUCCGGAUCCCCCGAGCCCGCACCUGCCGGCUGGAGGUUUCCCAAGGACACGUUCCCUGACGCUCCACAGAUCAUUAUUGAGAUUACAGACACAGAAUGGUCGCCCACGGAGGCCAAUGCAGACUCUUCAAUGGAGGUGCCAGAACCUGAGUCGCCGCAUGGGCCAACGAACGCGACCCCUCCGCAACGCAGGCACUCGCUUCCUAAUGUUACAGGGAAAGACCACUUGGCACGAUUACACCUAUUCCCAAGCAGGUCCUGCUCUGACGUUUCCAUGUAUGAGCCUGAGCUUCCAAAAAAUUGGGAGUGUAUGUCUGUGGAAGGCCUUUCAGAGGAUGAGCCUACGCCACUGUCACGUGCCUCGGCGCCUGAUGUGGCUAUCGUACCGAACGGUCGCGCUGCUCCAGUGGACAAUAUAUUCAAAGACUACGAUGAGUCCUCCAACUGGAACUCCCCAAUUUUCAUUGAGGCUCCUCAUGAGGCAUGUGCAGGCGAACCCACUUGCAAGGUCGAAGAGAUUCAUGAAGAUGCUGUUUUUGACCGUACAUCCCGAAUGGCCGGCAAUGGCAUCACGGAACUUGCCAAGGAGCAAGAGCAAGAGGGUGAGGAAAUCAACGAGACUCUCAUCGAGGGCGUGGAAGCUACGUCUUCGAGUACCAUCCCUGUUGGGAAGGGUAAGAAAGCCUAUGGUAAUCUGACAGCUGAAGACAUACUGCGGAGGGCAAUGGACAGCCAAGGACCUCCUAUAGAAGCAAUAGUGAGCCGGCAAGUCAGUUCUCGGAAACAGAAAGUCAGAACAGCCAAGGGCAAAGCACGGAACCGGACUUCGACUGUUCCAAUGCCUGUAAUCUCAGAGGAUCAGGCCACUUCCGAAGCUCUGGAACAUGACGCUGCGGAUGCUGACGACGAUGUACCCACCGUCUUAAUUCAGAAUCAAUCCGCUACUGCUGUAGAGAGUGCCGUCGCCGAAGCUUCGAGCGAAGUAUCUGCCGACAUCCGCAACAUGUUACCUGUUGUCUCUACCGAGAACAAAAUUGUUGAUACAGCGAAGGCCGAGUUCUCUAACGCUCUGGAAGAGGCGCGUGUGAAUAUAUACGACGAGGUACCUGCCUUAUUCACCGAGGAGUCAUCUAUCGAUAUUAUAGAGGACCAGCUUCAGUAUCCUCUCGACGACGAUGUCGCUGAUGAGCCUGCACCCAUUCUGAGUGGUGACGCUGACGAUAGAACUGCAAGAGAUGAGGGCGAUCCAGAUCUAUCAGGUGAUCAAGCCUUGGAUGAUCAUGCUCAAUCAGCUUCUGGUAGCCGCAAAAAAUCCUCAAGCAAGAAGAAGAAGAAAAAGGCAAAGGCAAAGGGUCCGCAGGAAGCAGAGCUUGCCCGGCGUACGGGAAGGUCGGAGGAUGUGUCCGCCGCGAAUACGUCAAAUCACGAGUACGAGGUUCCCGCCGCAUGUGGUAAUGGCACGUCACCCGCCGAGCCCCUACCGGAAAUCACGGAAGUCAACGCGAAUAUUCUGAGGAAUUUGGCUCAGCCAGAUAGAGGGUAUAAUCCAUAUGCUAACUCUACUCCCGCACAGCUCCUCCAUUUGGCCACAACAGCUGUCACCUGUGGCCAUGAUGGCCAGAAGACUAUCGAGGUGUUCCCGGAGCCGUGCCGCCUCGUUUGUUGGGACCGGUAUGCGCAAAUGCAAUUGUCCUUGCUCCAUGUCGAGGGCCAGGAAGACGGCGAGGACACUGUCAUCAUCGAUAGAUUCUUUUCUGGCGUAGUCCUCGCAUCUUACCUUCCGCCGAUCUACAAGCAAAUACUGCCUGGAAGCCCAGAGGUCCGUCCGUUUUCCAUUCGCACUACAACAGACAGAGGCCUGGGCAUGUUCGCGACGAGAUCGAUCAAGCCUGGGGAGCUUCUCGUCUCAGAGAGGCCAAUCGUUGUAGCCCAUCUUGGCUUAUUCAAGAGUGAUGCCAACAAGCACGGGGACGUCGAAUUUUUGCAAGCCGCCUUGGACAGUCUAUCAGGGCGCCAGCGCGAGGCUUUCAUGGGCUUAGAGGAAACUUCAGUCGAGGAGCUCAGGUCUGACCCGCUAUCGGCGCGCUUGAACGUGAAUGGAUUUAGCGCAGGGUUCGCACACUUUCCAGAGCUAAGGGGGACAGGCGCCAUGUACAUCGCAUGUUUCAAAACCCUCUCGCGGGCAAACCACGACUGCACGCCGAACGCGCACUUCCACUUCUCGGAGAACACGUGCUGUGGACGGCUCGUCGCUAUGCACGACAUUGAGGAGGGGGAGGAAAUCACCGUGCGCUACGUCGACAGUCUCGCUCCGCGCGAGGAGAGGCAGUCGCUUCUGCGUGGGCGGUAUAAUUUUGUCUGCACGUGUCGGACGUGCUCCUUGCCUCGUCACGAGAGUCUGAAAAGCGACACGCGCCGCAAGGUUCUCACCUCGCUACUGAACAGGAUGUCGACGGCGCAGGGGCCGCCCCGCCGUAUUUCGCUGGAACAUCUGGAGGAUUGCGCACGCUGGGCGCGAGAAGAGCGUGUGACGGACCAGUACGCAAAUGUCCUGUAUGAGGCCAGCAAAUGUGUGACGGCGUAUUACGGCCCAGAGAAGGGCUUUGAGUGGCUGAAGAGAGCGAGGGAGGCGUGGUUUCACGUGUCAGGAAACGAUUCUCAACAGGUCAUCGAGAUUGAUGUGACUGGGCGAAAGAUAGCGCAAAGUCUUACAACGAGGGGCAUUCAAGCAGUAUGGCCCUGGAGUUGA